GUGUUGUUGGCCGUGUUAGUAUCGGGUAGUUCACUUAUCUACUGUCAGAAAUUAUUGCAACAAUGACACCGUUGUUUUGACAAAUAGCGUCGGUUCGAAACCCGGCUGACUGUGAUUCUGUGAGUGUGUGCGAGUGCAUGACAGCCUUAGGAUUGUUACAUUUAAGACAUAGCGCGUCUUGGAUCACCGUCAGCUGCGUCCGUCGCAAACCAAUUGCUAUGCCGACCAACACCAACCCAUCGUUGUGUCCCAGCAGCAGCAACUGAAGAAAAUUUCCGUUUUCUUUGCGUUGUUUUCCUCCAAUAAAUCGUUCGUUUUUCGCGUGUGAAAGUGGUGCAAAAAAACUGUUGUAACCCAUGAUUAUGGAGAUGACGAACGAGUCUGCGGCGGUCGGCCGGUGGUACGAAUCGCCCAGGACUGGAACUUCGGCGAGUCCUGGUCAAGGGACUCUCGAAAGUGGUAAUUCGGACAUAAAUACUAGUGUUGCCGAACAUAUGGGCGCGUUUUUCCUCGACCCAUCGGGCACGCAAAGGGCCGCGAGGUACUACCAUCAGAGCAUGCAUUCGCCCUACGGGACGGUCGCCAGCCACGUUUCAGCGUCUCGGAUGUCUUCGGGUCAAGUGUGCCGGUCACACUUCCACGCGCCCCUCCACCCUUGGCUAUCGGACGGCACGAAGCCCCUCGGCCACUCGGGUUGGGUGCCGUUCGGUGGCGGCGAUCCGGACAAAUCGCAGUCGCCGAGUUCCGCCCCCGGCCAGCCGCACAACAUCUUCUCGUUCCCCCCGACGCCGCCAAAGGACAGCACGCCGGACAGCGUGGCGCCGACGGCGGGCGCCGAGUACGUGGCGGCGGCGAUGGGCGCCUUCAUGCACGGGGGCGGCGGCGGCGGCGACAACCCCCAGAGCUGCGCCCUCGACGUCAAGCCGACGGCCGUCGGAGCGAACGCCAACAGCAAACAGCGCGAAGGUAGUGACUAUGAAGGGGGCACUGCCGGCAUGUUUAAUGGUAACUUUGAAAGCUCGUACGGGUCUGCGUAUGGCCACGGUAUUCACGGGGCCGCGUACUCGCCCCAGAACAAGCAGCAUCUGGGGGCUGCCGGACAGGGCGCGCAAUCGCCUAACAAACCACGCAACAAGUCGAGAACCAGCGCCGAGGGUAGGGAGUGCGUGAAUUGUGGUGCAACGAGCACGCCACUGUGGCGACGUGACGGCACAGGCCACUACCUCUGCAAUGCGUGUGGAUUGUACUACAAGAUGAAUGGACAAAAUAGGCCACUCAUCAAACCCAAAAGAAGACUGAGUUUACAAAGCGCUGCCAGAAGGGCCGGGACCAGUUGUGCUAACUGCAAGACAACCACCACAACACUCUGGAGACGCAACCAAAACGGAGAGCCAGUUUGCAACGCCUGUGGACUGUACUACAAACUGCACAACGUGAACCGACCAUUAACGAUGAAGAAAGAGGGCAUCCAGACGAGGAAUCGAAAACUAUCGUCGAAAAGCAAAAAGAAGAAAAGUGGUGGUUCCUGUCUAUCACUCGGCGGAAUGAUGGGUGAUAUGAUGAAGCCGUUGGACAGCAGCAAGGGCGGUUUCGGCGGCGGCGGUUUUGGGGGCGGCAUGGGCGGCGGACACCCGCAUUUGAACGCCGCACUCCAUCCCCAUCAUGCCAUGAGCCAUUGGUACCAGCACAGUACGCACCCGCAGGGCUUCGUCUCGGGCCCGCCGCCCCCUGCGCCGCCUCCCACCGCCUCCUACCACCACCACAUGAGCUCGCUGAGCGCAGCAGGGCUGGGGCUAGCAUCGAAUGGAAUGACUAGUUGGCGGUCGGAAUACACGUGAUAAAAUGGAGUAACCUGAAAAACAAGGAAUUUAAUGUAAGAAUUGUAGAUAUUAACGUUAAGGAUUUAAUUAAUUGAACGUGAUCAUGAGAAAAACUGGUCAUCUGUCAUUAUGUACAUUUUAUUUAGUUUCUUUUUGUAAAUUGGGUGAUUUCAUGACCAGUUUGUAUGUAUAAUUAAGUACAAAGAUGCAAACGUUUGUAAUGUAUUGUAUAUAGAUGUUAGUUUGUUUUAAGGCAUUUUUAAUACAAGUGAUGUACAUAGAAGAAGGAAAAUUUUAAAGACAUGUGCAAUCUUCACGUUAUUAUAAAGUAUUUAUGUGUGGACGAGAGAUAUAUGUUGGUCCGAAGGUCGCACUCGGACCGAUUAUACAGACUGCAAAUAUGUAAAUAUGGAGAAAUAUAACAUUUUAUGAGUUGUAUGAAAGCCGACCAAUUUUAUUAUAAUUAACAGUUUUUAAAUUAUUAUUCAUGUGCGCAAGCAUUUUUAUUGAAAAAAUCUAGUUUAAAACACCGCGCCCUGUAUAGGAUCAGGACGCGCUAUAUUCAAACACAUUAUAUUUACUGAUUUCAUUCACAGUACAAAUUCGUAUUAAGUUUUUACAUUUUUUAAAAUACUGAUCCAAUUCAGGGUGCACCAAAGCCAUGUUACAAUACGGCGUUUUGAAACGCUGUGUUGAUUUUUGAAUCGAUUUUUCGAUUUGUAAUUAAGUGAAAUAGCAUAAUUAAAUUUUCAAAAAAAAUGUAAAUAAAAUUCGAUGUAUGUAUAUGCUCUUUGUGUGAUAUAUAAAAUAUUCAAACCAUAAA